UUCAUAUCACCGCUCCGUCGUUGCUUUCUCGCUCUCUCUUUAUGUCCUCCUACUUCGCUCGAGCACCCCGGCGAUUUGCUGGAGGCGGCAAGCAAGCCUCGUCCUCUUGUAAUAGUGGUCCUGCUAGUGGAUCGCACCCGGCCGACCCCACUGCAACAGCCGCUCAGAGGGUCAGCGAUUCGAUCGACGAGGAUAUUAGAAAGGCGGCUGCAGCGCAGCAGGGGGGAGCGACGCAGGCAAUCAUUAUCCUUGGCCAGGCCGAGUCAGGAAAAUCUACUCUCCAGAAGCAAUUCCAACUCUACUAUGCUUCCCAGACGCUUGAUGCAGACCGACCUUCAUGGCGUAUUGUCGUCUAUGCCAACCUUAUCAAAGCUGUGCGGACGAUCGUCGAAGAGUUGGAAUACGACUUUAGCCAAGCUUACGAAGAAUACCCCUGGCCGGGACCGAUAGACGCUGGGGCCGAGAACGAGUUUCACACGCUUCGAAGGGACCUUCUUCCGCUGAUCUCACUUGAGAGUUCUUUGACCGCCCAGCUCAGCGAUGGAAUUUCCUUCGUUGGAAAACGGUCUGCAAGUCUAUUCACUACGAAGCAAGGCCUGACACGACUCACCGGCACGCGUCCUCUGGGAGUACUUCUCGAUGCACCGGCUGCGGUUGUGGCGACAAACAGAGCCGGUCAAGUCCUCGGAAUGUCGGUUGGGGCUAUAGAAGCCCUCUGGGGCCAUCGCAUGGUACAGGGCUUACUUCGGACGCGAAAAUUGCGGUUGGAGGAGUCGGGCAGCUUCUUCCUUGGCGAGGUCCAUCGUAUUGCCCAGCCCGACUACGUGCCCACCACGGACGAUGUGUUGCGCGUGCGACUGCAGACAAUUGGCGUUGUAGAACACUCCAUUCCGGUGAAGACGGCAGGUGGGACCCAUCUGUGGAAGAUUUACGACGUGGGUGGUGUUCUUAGCCAACGUGCAGCAUGGGCGUCAUAUUUCGACGACGUGAAUGCCCUGAUAUUCGUUGCCGCAAUCUCAGCUUUUGAUCAAUACCUCGAGGAAGACCCACUCACCAACCGUAUUUCGGACUCGCUGCAGUUAUUGGCGAUUAUAUGUGCGAAUCCAUUAUUGAAGAAUGCGCAACUGGUUUUAUUGCUCAACAAAACUGACAUUCUUCGCCGAAAACUCGAGGCGGGAAUUCAGAUUCGCGAUUAUAUCAUCAGCUAUGGCAGUCGCACGAAUAAUUUUUACACAGCAACAGAGUAUUUUCGCAGUCAUUUUCUAUCUGCACACAAGAAGAGGGAGACUUUCAAGAGAACCCUGUUCGUCCACUUGACUUCACUCGUCGACGUAGCGGGGACACAGUCCGUCAUCGCAAGUGUACAAGAUACGAUAAUUCGGAAACACGUCGUGCGCAGCAAGCUUAUGUAG